CUCCCUCCCUCUCUCUCCCCGCCGCGUCCCUGGCGGGGAGGGCCCGAGAACGGCUGCGCCGCAUUCCCGGAGGAUCCACGGUGUCAUGUCCAACCAGGGCCCCCGGAGGAACGGGCCCGUCAAGCUGCGCCUGACAGUUCUCUGUGCAAAAAAUUUGGUGAAAAAGGAUUUUUUCCGACUUCCUGAUCCAUUUGCUAAAGUGGUGGUGGACGGAUCUGGCCAGUGCCAUUCUACUGAUACUGUGAAGAAUACCCUUGAUCCAAAGUGGAAUCAGCAUUAUGACUUAUACAUUGGAAAGUCUGACUCUAUAACAAUCAGUGUAUGGAACCACAAGAAAAUCCAUAAAAAACAGGGAGCUGGUUUUCUGGGUUGUGUGAGACUUCUUUCUAAUGCUAUCAACCGCCUCAAAGACACUGGUUAUCAGAGAUUAGAUCUCUGCAAACUUGGACCAAAUGACAAUGAUACAGUUAGAGGACAGAUAGUAGUAAGUCUUCAGUCCAGGGACCGGAUAGGCACAGGAGGGCAAGUUGUUGAUUGCAGUAGACUAUUUGACAAUGAUUUACCUGAUGGCUGGGAAGAAAGGAGGACAGCCUCUGGAAGAAUUCAGUAUUUGAAUCAUAUCACACGAACAACACAGUGGGAGAGACCAACACGGCCAGCAUCGGAAUAUUCCAGUCCUGGCAGACCUCUGAGUUGCUUUGUGGAUGAGAACACACCUCUUACAGGAAUAAAUGGUGCAACAUGUGGACAGGCAUUUGACCCCAGGCUCGCGGAAAGGAGAGUUAGAUCUCAGAGGCAUAGGAAUUACAUGAGCAGGACCCAUCUGCAUACUCCUCCUGAUCUACCUGAGGGAUAUGAGCAAAGGACAACUCAGCAAGGGCAGGUGUAUUUCCUACAUACUCAAACCGGUGUAAGCACAUGGCAUGAUCCCCGUGUACCUCGGGAUCUUAGCAACAUCAAUUGUGAAGAGCUUGGGCCAUUGCCUCCUGGAUGGGAAAUCCGAAACACAGCCACAGGCAGAGUUUAUUUUGUUGAUCAUAACAACAGGACCACACAGUUUACAGAUCCACGGCUAUCAGCUAAUUUGCACCUGGUUCUAAAUCGUCAAAAUCAACUUAAAGAUCAGCCGCAGCAGCAGCAACAAGUUGUUUCACUGUGCCAACUUUCAGACGAGGCUGAAUGUCUUACUGUGCCAAGAUACAAACGAGAUCUAGUACAAAAACUCAAGAUUUUGAGGCAAGAGCUCUCCCAGCAGCAGCCCCAAGCUGGACACUGCCGUAUAGAGGUCUCCAGGGAAGAAAUUUUUGAGGUAAUGUGAGAAUUAUACAUUAUUGCUGAAUUAAAAUAAAAGCCAGUGCCUAUUAUUAUGUUGAUCUGGGAUUUUGCGCUACAAAUGGAGGAAAAUUCUUAAGGCAUUGUUAAAAUGUAUCUAAAACAAAUGGUAGCCACACUGUGCUUUUGUAAAAGUCCAGUAUAGAUUAAAAAUAGAUUAAAAAUGAGUUAAAAAUAUAAAAAUACUUAUAUAGAGAUUAAAAAAAAGAAAAACCUAAUUUACAUUUGGAAGAACUUUUUACAACUGUUGUUGCCUGUCCUCCAUCUUAGCUCCUCCUCCAUUUAAUUAUCUUAAGGCAUUAUUGAGUUACAAUGCAAGUAGG